AUAGUCCAAUUACACCAAGAACAAACCCACUGCUGACAGGCUAUAGGCUACAGGAUACAGCAAAGUACCCCUGAACUUCUCGCCAUGCACGACAGAAAGUCCCAGUUCCACCGUAUCAACUCCCGCAGCCACAUUCGACCGACAUUGAGUGGCCGUAUGGACCAUCCAAUCCGGGAGCUGACCGCCUUUCUCGGCCUUCUCAUUUGUGGAUGCUCUUUAGAGGACCCUGUCUUGGUCGGUCGAGUCCAAGUCUUGAAGAAGACCAUAAGGCAAGAUGAGGUCCAACAUCACUCUCGCCAGAGUCGUAAACCUAUUACCAAAGUAGCAAACACUACGGGACCUAAUUCGACGGGGCUUGAACUCUCACCCAGCAUGGGUCUUUGGAGAACCAACAGCAAUGAAGAUCAUUCCCAGAAAAUGAUCAGGCUGAUUACCAUAUUUGAUGCCGUCCAACGGGGGGCUCCAGCGAUUGACUAGUCAUGUCCCGCUCAUGGUUAUCCAUCAUGCAACCAUGAAGCGAGGCUCCUCACAUGGGAUGAUCGGAUGAAUCCACCGCGUUUGUCAGACACAGGGCUAAUCUCACCAGAAAAGGUUGACAGGCCCCUAUACCCAUGCCAGCCCGUAGGUUCUUGCCCGGCUUUCGCUUCUGACUACGAAUACCUACGGUAGCAUUUC